AGGCCUCUGAGUGCAAAUCUGGAAAUGGGCGAGUCGUCGUGGAGGGCCGCAGUAUUUAAAGUAUCCGAAGAAUAAAAGAUGGGUUUCAUUGCCGCCUGGAGGGCCUGAUUCCCGGGUUUCUGUCGCCUCGCAGCUCCCACCGCCUCACCGCGUCCUACUUUGUCUGCAGGCGGAUGUUGAGGAGCGGAGUGUCGCAUCUUCUGUUUUUUUUUUCUCUGCCGCGUCUGGCUCACAGCUCGGUAAACAGAUGUAACCGGAUCAAUUCAUGCCCUCACACCUUUCAGCUACAAGAUCCUGCGCAGUUUAAAGCCUUCAGAACAUCAGAACAGCGGAUAAAUCGCAGCCAAUGACGUCCCGGAGGACAGAGUACGCAGCUAGCCUGGACACCUCUGCAUCCAGCGCGGGGAGCCGCAAGCAGAGCAUCAUCAACAUCCCCGACAGGAUGGAGCCCUGCUACGACCGCAAAGCGGACACCAAGGGCGGGUACGGAGCCCCUCAGGGCGGCGGCGUGACGGUAACCUCGCUGAAAUCCCGCCUGGCCCCGACCAUCCAGACCGCCAUGUCCGCCGCCGUGGACACGCUGCUGGGAGAGGUGGUGGUCGUGCUGAACGAGACCCAGCAGGAGCUGCUGCACAAGGAGCAGGAGAACCAGAGGCUCAAGGUGCGGCUGGAGGUCUCCGAGAGGGAGCUGAAGACCCUGCAGGAGUGUCUGUGCAGCGCACAGAAGCUCAUAGACCAGCUGCAGGUCUCCUACACGGGCCCCCAGCAGAUCGGCCAGUCGGUGUUUGGCCCCUCACUCUCUUCCAUGGCUUCUCUGACCCCAGGCUUGGACCGAGACCACCAGAACCCCAGGAACGUGAACGGAGCAGGCGUGGAUCUGGGUCUGGGCGGCUCCGUGGAUGAAUCUCUUCAUGGCUUCGAGCCGAGAGAUGAAUACAAAAUGUGCCAGCUUUCGAUCCAGCCAGACGGAUCCGUGACGAACCACACGCUGGACUCGUUUUCCUCCAGCUCCUCUCACAUGUGCUCAGACACCAGAGGAGCGGAUGACCGGCAGCCUCAGGGUCCCAGUGGAGGAUCCAGAUUUGAGAUAAAAGAGGAGCAGGGGCCACCGACAGGUUCUGGUCAGCCCAAUAGGAAGGACAGCCAGGUUGGGGACGGAGACGGCUCGUCCCUUAAUGUGGGGGACAUUGCUUAUGGUCAGGUUGGAGGUGAAGGAGGAACUCUGCGUUCUUUCUCCAACCCGCUACGUCACCAAAGACUCAUGCGGGAGUGUGGCGGUGCCUUGCAGCAGCAGCAGCAGGGAAGUCUUGAUGGACAGAAACCUUUGUCAAGGACUUUUGGAGCAAGCAGAGGUGACACCGUUUCACCAGGCAGAGCCGAGGAGCCUGCGGGGCCGUCGGCUCCCGACACCUCCGGGGAGCCCUCGGCGGACCGGCCUCACCACUGCUUGGAGUGCGGCAAGACCUUCCGUCUGAUCUCCAGCCUGAAGAAGCACAUCCGCAUCCACACGGGCGAGAAGCCGUACCCGUGCACGGUGUGUGGCCGCCGCUUCCGUGAGUCCGGGGCGCUCAAAACGCACCUGCGCAUUCACACCGGCGAGAAGCCCUACUCGUGCUCCGAAUGCGGCAACUGCUUCCGCCACCUGGACGGUCUGCGCAAGCACCGGCGCACGCACACGGGCGAGAAGCCCUACGUGUGCGCCAUCUGCGGGAAGCGCCUGAGUCGCCUGCAGCACCUCAAGCACCACCAGCUCAUCCACACCGGGGAGAGGCCCUGCUGCUGCCCCUUCUGCAACCGCACCUUCAAGGAGCCCGCGGCGCUGCGCAAGCACGUCCGGACGCACCGCGACGAGGGCGGCCACAUGGGCAUCGGCCCCAGCGAGGAGACGGACCCAGACGCCAUGGACGACAUCAAUAACCUCCAUCCCGCAGCUCCCUCUCCUCAGAUGCGGUUCGGGGAAUGGGGGGCGGAGGAGGAGGAGGACGGCCCGGUUGCAGACUGUGUUUAGGGAUGAGCGGAGAAGUGGUGACUUUUGUUUUUGUUUGUUUGUCUUUGACAGAUAACACUAACGCAUUUCUGUUCCACACUACCACUUUAGCACCCUAAAAUUUAAUUUUUAUGUAUUUUACUUUAAAAUGUCAGUUUUUCCAAAGCCUUCUGUUUGAGUAGUUGAAACAAAGUUGUUGUUUCUACACACAAAUGCUCUAAAAAAUGUUCCUGUUGGCAGAAAUGGAACCACCAGAUAGGUUCAUGGAGGAGACACAACAUUAUAAAUCAACUUUAGAUGUCACCUUUAAAAGUAAUCAGUUUUUACAAAACUGCAUGUCUUCAACAAAAUCAAAUUUAGAAAUGUUGGAACUGACAUAAAUUCACUUCAAGAUUCAAUUUAAGGUCAAAAGAGAACUGGAGGUCGACUGUGUCAUAUUUCACCCGCAUAUUUAUAUUGGUUUUAAGAAAACUAGGAAGUUUCAAAUAUGCUUAUAGGUCAGAUGUUUGCCAACACUUAUGAGCAUAACAAUAAUUAUUUUUUGCCUUUUUAUCUAUUCUCAAAAUUUUAAAAGGAAUUUUUUUCCUGCUGAAACAUCCCACCAUUUGUUGAUUUAAUUAUAAUCAGGAGGUAGAACUCAUUAUUAGUACUGGAUAAUAAAUCAAUAAUAUAUAUUACAAUGGGCAUGUGAUCAAAAUCAAUAGAUAAGUCUGCUAGAUGUCAAGUAAUUUCACUGCACUGCAUUCUGGGGGAUGUAGUCAAAGGAAAGGAUUUAACUUCUCAACCUCUCACGGAUAUUUGUGGGAUAUCUAGCAACUCACUCAUUCUUUGGUUACCUAGCAACUCACUCACUGUGAGUUGCUAGGUUACCUUGCAACAAACAGCAGCAGUUUCAAGUUUUGUGCCUCAGAACUGCUUAAAAAUACCCAAAACAACGACAGUGAAGGGAAAACAUGAGUACAACAGCUUGAAAGAAAGUUAUGGAUAAAACAGGAAAGGAUUUGUUCUAGCGUUUCUAUGUUUGAAACAAUCACCUCUUUGACUCCUCCACACCAUUUGUGUAACUGUGUACAGAUAUUUGUCUCAUUUUACCAUUAAAACCUUUCUCCAGUUUCUCCAGGAACUGUUCCAGGAGUUUCCAGGUCAUGGCAGUCUUGAGCUUCUGGAAGAUCCCAACCAAACAGUGAUGGUUAAAACCUGGACAUAAUUUGGCGUUUCAGCAGGACAAGGACUCUAAACACAUCCAGUCUGGUUUUAGAUUGGAUUCUUCUGUGUGUGUGUGUCUCUGUGAAACAAAUCUUUCUCCAGGCUGUAGGCAUCCACCUCAGAGAUUUAUCCACUUUUUGCUUUUGAAUCACUGUUUGGGGUUAUUGAACAUAUCUUAGUAUUUAAGGAAUAUAAACUGAGACAAUAUGAAAAAGUAAGGAUUUAGACAAAAAUCCAUCUGUAAAAUAGAUUUUUGUCACCUAAUUAAUUAAAACUAUACAGAAAAACAAACAUCAGCACACGCCCAUACCCAGUUCGAACCCAUUGUUUUAAUCAUCUUUAUAACUCACUCCAUGCAUUUUUUAAGCUUCUUGCCAAUAUUUCAACAAAGCCUUUCUGUUCUAGGACUAGUUUCACUGUUAUCAGCUGGUUCUUCACCUCCUCACACCUCUUCUAAAUGUUUCUGUAUAUAGAUGAAAUGAGCUUUGUUUGGUUUUAACUGGGUCUCUCUUUGUAGAUAAACGUUCUCGUGCAACAAUGACGUACAACUGUAACGUGAUUUAUGAUUUUAGGAGGUCAAAAUGUGAUGUAAAUACUUGACCUUUGAGCGUUUUCAUAAAGGCUGUUGGGGCACUAAGCUUUGAGCUACACGUUGGUGUUAUUUGACAUAUAUACCAAUAUAAUCUCCAACUAUAUAUAACGGUAUGGUUACUCUCAAAGCCAUUAAAACAUAUUAGAUUAUGUGUAUCCAAGACUUCACAUGCUAAAGUGGUUUAUGCCCCAGAUAAUCAAUUUUCUUUGACUUUCCAGAAGGACCUCCGCAUGUAGGUUAAAGAUUGCCAUUGCUCUUAAAAAGUCAAUGAAAUGAGUGAAGUUUUAUAUGCUUUUGUGGACUACAAAAAUAAAUAAAAUCACUAUCAGCUUUUUUAGGUUCUGUAAAUGUGAUUAUGUUAAAGGACUGUGUUUCUA